CAUAAACCCAAAAACACAAAGGAUAGCACUACCAGUAAUAUUAUAAUAUGGCGCACAGUUUCCUUUUCCUCUCCAUGCUCGCACUAACCCUAGCGGCCACCUUCGACGGCAUCCACGCGGUCGAGUACGUUGUCACCAACAACGCCGCAUCCACCGCCGGCGGCGUCCGAUUCAACAACGAGAUCGGAGCGGAAUACAGCAGGCAAACCCUAAGAUCAGCCGCGGAGUUCAUAUGGAGGGAGUUCCAGCAAAACUCUGCCGCCGACAGAAAAGACGUGCCAAAAAUAAGCCUAUUCAUCGAAGACAUCGACGACGUCGCGUACGCAAGCAACAAUGAGAUCCACGUCAGCGCCAGGUACAUCGGAAAAUACUCCGGCGACGUGAAGAGGGAGAUCGCCGGGGUUCUUUACCACGAGUCGACUCAUAUUUGGCAGUGGAAUGGAAACGGACAGACUCCGGGAUGGUUGAUAGAAGGAAUCGCGGACUUCGUGAGGUUGAAGUCUGGCUAUGUUCCCAGCCACUGGGUGAAGCCAGGAGGAGGUGAAAAAUGGGACAAAGGGUACGAUGUUACUGCUAGGUUUUUGGAUUAUUGUAAUGAUCUUCGAAAUGGAGUUGUUGCUGAGCUUAACAAGAAGAUCAGGACUGGUUACAAUGAUAAUUUCUUUGUUAAGCUUCUGGGGAAAACGGUUGAUCAGCUCUGGAGUGAUUACAAGGCCAAGUAUGGAAAUUAGGACGAUGUACUUGCUGAAUUAAUAUAUAUAUAUAAUAUACAUGCAUAUUGUACUAUGUCAGUAAAUUAAUUUCCCAAUAAGAAGAAUGCUCAUUGUGUCUGGA